UUUGAAUAAAUGAGCAGGGGCACACACAAUUGGGAGGGCUCAUUGCUUUACAUUUACAAACCGUUUGUACAAUUUUACGGGAAAGGGGGACGCAGAUCCAUCCAUGCAUGCAAAGUACGUCAAAACCCUAAAGAAGAGAUGUCCCCCGGGGGACACCACCACCACGGUGGAGAUGGAUCCCGGCAGUGCCAAACACUUCGACGAUGGAUACUACCGCCGCCUCACCCAAAGAAGAGGGCUCCUCUCGUCGGAUGCCGCUCUUGUCUCCGCCGCCGCCGCCCAGGAUCACGUCGACGUGAAACAAUUCAUUUCGAACUCGUCCACCACCGCUUUCUUCCGCGCCUUUGGCGAAUCCAUGGUGCGGAUGGGGAAGAUUGGCGUCCUCACCGGCACUAAUGGGGAGAUCAGGAAGGUCUGUUCCCGCGUUAAUUAAUGAGAAAUUUACCUAAGUAUAUAGGACUAAAACAUAAUGACUUUUCCAAUAUAAGAUCGUAUGUUUUUAUUUCUCAAAGUAGGACUUUUGGUCUUUAUCAAUUACUCAUUAUUCAAAUAAUGUCCAUCAUUAUUGGACAUUAUUCCUCCCACUAGACAUUAUUAAGUCCUAUUUAGAUAAUAGAAAAGUUUAAGACCAAUAUUCGGAAAUGACUUAUGUUUUAGUCAUAUUUAGUAUAAAUUUCAUUUAAUUAAUUCAUAUUCCCUCCAAAAAGAUGCAAUAUCUAAAACCCUAAAUACUUAUUACAUGUGCUUUUGUGAGACGUGCCCUAUCCCCAAAUAAUGAGUUGGUUCUUUU